AUGUCUCUCAAUGAGGAGCAUGAUGAAACCUUGCGCCCCGCGGAAACGCAGGUGGUGCGGGUUCAAGAACUCUCUGAAGCAAAUCGUGCUUUGCAGGCCUUCCAGCACGUGAAUCGCAAAGCGGUGGAACAGUAUGAGAAUUUCUCGGUCCAGCUGGUAGACCUCCGAAACCGAAAGGAGGACAUUGAUGCAGGAGAGUCCGCUAUCGCAGAGGCCAUUCAGCAAAUCGAUGCUCAAAAGCAGCAUGCUGUGCUGGAGACUCUCCGACGGGUGAACGGCCAUUUCCAACAGGUCUUUGGUGAGAUGGUGCCCGGAGGCGCUGGGAAGCUAAAGCAGCUCCGUCGCGAUCGAGACGUGGAGAUGACCGGUGAUACUGACGGCAGCCAAGAGGCUUCCUUGGGAGACAUCGUGGGUGUCCGCAUCGAGGUGUCAUUCACGGGUCAAGCCACAUCCUUCUUGACCAUGAACCAGCUGUCCGGCGGGCAGAAGACGGUCGUGGCCCUCAGCCUGGUGUUUGCUAUUCAGCGACUGGAGCCUGCUCCAUUCUACCUGCUUGAUGAAGUAGAUGCCGCGCUCGAUGCAUCCUAUCGAUCUGCUUUGGCCAAUUUGGUGGCGAAAACUGCCAGGACCUCGCAAGUCAUCCUCACCACGUUCCGCCCGGAGACUUUGGAAAAGGCUGAACGAUGCUAUCGUGUGUACCAGCAAAACAGGGCCAGUCGCAUUGAUGCUGUGUCACGUGAUCAAGCUGAGGAGGUGCUUCGUGCCCAAGAUCGCUUGGCUCAGGCUGAGGCUGAACGAGCUGCACUGAUGGCUGACUGA